UGGAUAAAAAUGAAAUGGAACACCAUCGAAUUGGUAAUGCUAGGAUCCGAGCUGAAGCUGAAAAGGUGAUCAAGACCCCGUUUCCUCCCACCAUAAUGCUGGUCGCCUGCUGAAAUGUUGAAUGCUGUGAUCAAGUCCAUGCCACCCGAGCCUAAAAAUUGUCCGACAGGUAAAGGCUUCCUACCGGAUGAAAAUACCACUAGUCAUCUCUCCGAUGAGAUGGUGAAUCACCUCUAUCACCAGUAUGGCACUAAUAUCGAGAUCCUCUGCCAUCACAUGGUACGUAUGGGCGCUUUAGGGGACGGAGGCUGGGAGGUGUGUGACGAUGAGCAUGUCAGGCCCAAACACAACUGUUUGGUAUACUCCUUCGGCAUAGCCUUUGAUUUUUCCUUUGAUGACAUGAUUGCAAGACAUUAUGGGUGUGAAGUACAUGCCUUUGAUCCAAGUAUGGGCGUAUCAACAACAAAGCGAAGUGAGAAUGUGACGUUUUACGAUCUGGGGGUGUAUGGGGCAAACGUAAAUCAAAUGAAAGUCAUCCAUCCUGGCUGGUCGCUUAAAACACUGAAGCAGAUACGACAGGAUUUGCAGCAUACAGAACGCCCCAUUGAUGUUCUGAAGAUGGAUAUAGAGAGCAGCGAAUGGUCUACACUGACAACAGCCAUCGCCGACGGGUCCCUGAAUAACGUCAGACAAUUUCUCAUCGAGCUGCACAACACACAAGACACCAGGUCCAGUCUUCAAAUAUUAAAACGAUUACGAAACCUUGGAUUUAGAAUAUUUUAUGCACAUAAAAAUCCACAGUGUGGAAAAAGUGAAGACGUAACACCUCUGAGGACAACUUGCCACGAACUUCAGAUGAUUCAUAUUCCGUCAUGUUUGGUUAAGUAAGGGGUACACACCAGUCA